UUCGUCAUUAUUUGAGAUACCAAGUAUGAUGCGAGUGUUGUCUUCAGUGUUGACCCAUAACACCGAGUGAAGGAAAUAAGAUAACUGGCAAGAGAACAGUGGAGAGCGAAGAAAAACUGAAAAAGGUGCCACGUUGCAGGUGAAGUUUGCAGCGCCGAAGCAUCAAAAGAUGAAUGGGUUAGCGAGAAUGAACAGCAUGUUCGUGAUAGAUGGUUGCUGUGGGCUGUCACUGAGGACCGGGGCGCUGAUCAUUGGUGUGCUGGAUAUGGUGUUUGAUUCGCUGCACCUGCUGGGAGGAGUUGCAAACCUCGUUGGAACUUCAGGUGUGUACAUUAAGGAAGGGGACAGCAAGGACCCGUGGAUAGUGGCGUUCCUGGUGAUGGAGAUGCUGGUGGGAAUAGUCGACUUCAUAUUCUCAGCGGUGCUCCUCAAUGGCGUUCACAAGGAGAGCGUGAAGAAGGUUAUGGCGUGGUGGUGGUGGACGUCUCUGCAGCUGCUGAUGCAGGUCAUUUUCUUUAUCGCGUACGCGAUCUUCAAGGAGGUUAUCACCGGCCUGCUCAUCGUAGUUGCCGCUUUAAUCCUCGCCCUCUCUGUGUUCUCCCUCGUCGUGGUCCGCUCCUACGCUUUUUCUCUGAAGAAGAAACUGACAAGCGAAAUCCUUAUUCAAGAAAGAGAAGAAAUGAUAGACUUAUAGAGGAGCUCGCUCGACUUCCUUCAGAGAUGCAAGAAAAGGAUUACUGAUGACAAGUAAGGAGAUUAAGAAAAAGGAUUUACUGGUACAAUGGGUAGAGGUUUAUAAAGUCAUCUGUGUAGCAGACUGAAAUGUUGUCCCAGUAAAGCUUGUUUUGCAGCUUGUGUCUUGGUUUUGCAGAGACGAAGCAUUUGAACAACAACAGUAAUUUUAGUACGAACGAGAGUAUACUCGCAGGGAAACCUUUGUUACUGGAUUUUGUUAAAAUAUGAUGCCUGAUGAAGCCCUGUCUUGGACAAAACGUCGUAAUAAUGGUUCUCCUGCUAACUGCGUAUAUCUUACUAUGUGUCAGCUUACGCCAUCUUUCAGCCGCUUCUUUUAGUGGGCUAGGAACUCAGACUUGUGACAGUAAUACCAAUGGAAUUUCAUUACCUUAACAAGAAGCUGAGUUCUAUUUGGGUUAUGUUUAUAUUAGCCUCUUAAAAGCUAUUUAGCUUGCAGAACACAGAGGUAAUGAGCAGUUCCUAGAAGUUGCUGCAAUGGUUAUUUUUUGCUGCCCAAGUUGUGAAUGGUGAAAAUGUUCUUGAGAUGCACUACGUUCGUCCUCCCAUUGCUUGUGGUUUCCUGCUUGAUUUAAUGUCCACUCUUUCAUCAGAGAGCUAAUUCCAAUUAACUUUUAUGGUAAAGAAUGAAGAUUGAGACACUGAUGCAGCAUAUAGGAAUCUUUAUUCAGGAAACGUUUCGCCACACAGUGGCUUCAUC